UACAACAAAGUGGCCAAUCUCUUUGACAAUCUGGGCUUAGAAUUAUGCUUCUCUAAGACCAUUCAACCCAUCUUUGCUUCCAACCGAAUGGUCCAAUCGAUUAGCUGUUGGAAUGGAUCCGCUCUCGUGCCUACGUCUUCAAGGAGACCCAAAAGUCGCCAAGGUUAUCUAACAUCAAUCGCUGAUCCCACUCUUCGUCAGAAGGAUACAGAAAUGAAGAAAGCGGUGAAUACAUUACAGCAUGUAGCUAGAGCGAUCAUUAGUGACCCUGAGGCAAUUCCGCUCAUGGAUCCUCUUGCCGUCGUUCUCAAAGUUGGGAAAAAUGAAAUGCCUGUAAAUUCAGAUGAAGAAGCUCUACGAAGUUAUCUCUUCACUUCUGAUGGUUCGGGUCAAUCACCGAUAGCUUGGGGUGGCCAGGCCUCUCCACCUCCUAUUUCAAUGGGGGGUCUAGGCGGGGGGUUCGUCCUGGACACAGAGGGUGGUGGUGGUGACGAGCUCGGAAGCGGAUACCCUGGACAUGGAGACGUAUCAGGUCUCUAUGGAAAUCCCUUUGGGGCUUCAGGCGCUCCCACUACGUAUGCUCCUUUUCCCACGCACCCAGUGACACCUGUUUAUCGUGAGACGAAUGGUUUUAAUGGAAAUGGCGUGGCGGAUGAUGAAGACUUUCAGCAGCUAGUUGAAAACUCCGGGUAUGAACCUACAGAUGUAUAUUCAUUUAAUACUGACUUGCCAAAAGAGGUAACACCACCAGGAUGGCUUGAUCAGUUUCCAAAUCCAACAGUCAAUCCCUGGGACACAGAGGGCUCCGGCGAUGAGCCUCCAUCUAUUGAUCAUAGAACAGGCUCUUGGAAGGAUGACCACCGAGUAAAACCUCCCACAGAGGAGCAGCAGCCCCCAGUUAUAUCUGGAGGCAGCGACUCUGUCGGUGUGGGUCUGGUUGUGGGAGAGGUGGGGAAAUUGGACAUUCCCGAUCAGAUAUGGGUACCUGAGUCUGGUGAAGUAGAGCAACAUUAUCCUGGACCGAUCAAUCCGCGCGCCACUACUACCUCUGUAUCAGCGACGCUUUUGCCCUCUCUACUCCUUAUAACUAUCUCUUUUGUCCUCCUGCUUUCGUAUAAACUUGAACAUAUUAAUCCCAAAAAUAAAAGAGACUUCAAUGAGCCACCAAUGAUGCGGGUCGAAAUUUAUGAUCCUGUUAAUGAACAGAUAUUAUCACGGGAUUAUUCCGAGGCUGGUAAUAUACAUUUCACAAGUGAAAUGAGUGGUGUUCACAAGAUAUGUGUCACGCCUACCUCCCAAAUUGCCAAUAACAAGAAGAGUAGAAUGAAAAUAUAUCUUGACAUCCAAAGUGUUGGAGCAGACAACUACACCGUAAUCGGUUUGUCAGAAAAAUACACAAGCGUCCAGCUAGAACUUAGAAAAGCUCUGGAUAGCCUUGAUUUAAUCGCAAGAUGGCACGCCUACAUGGUAAUGGUUCUUGAGAACGAAGUGAAACGUGAGGAACGAUUUCGUAAAACCACCAAUUCUAUCAGUUGGAAGAUCUUCGGUGUAGGAAUUCUCCAAAUCCUUAUGCUCGUUGGCCUGGGCUACUGGCAAACCCGAUCGCUCAAAAACUACUUCAUUGCCAAAAAACUCGUGUGA